AUGAGACCAGAGCAGCAGUCAGCGCUCACAGUCACCAUCCUGGACCUGUCCCAAAAUGCCCUCUCCUCCCUUCCCCUCCACCCCUACGCGACUCCCCUGCCCCACCUCACACACCUCCACCUGGGGCACAACCAGCUCAGACACCUGUCCGUCUGCAAGCCUCCGCCCAGGGAAGAGGGACUGUGUGACACCUGGGCCCCCACACUGGAGCUCCUGUCUGCAGAGAGUAACCAGCUACAGCACAUUCCCGAGGUCCCCCUCCCCUCUACCCCCUCCCAGGUGUGGGCUGCUGCUCUGCACACUCUCCAUCUUCCCCACAACCGGAUCUCCACCCUGCAGGCUCAGGACCUGCGAGGAUGUGCUCACCUGAGGGAGCUCCACCUGCAGCACAAUCUCAUCUCCACCCUCGCACCGCUGGCCUUCAAAGAGCUGCGGGAGCUCAGGGUCCUGGACCUGAGCUUUAACUCUCUCAGCACUUUCCCCGUGCCGGCCUACCUGUCCCUGUACAGCUUCCGCACACAGGUGGAAGUGAGCGGCAACCCCUGGAGGUGUGACUGCAGGCUGCGAGCCCUCAGCAGGUGGAUGGGCGUGGCCGGGGAAGGCCUCCCCUGGCAGGUGGUGUGUGCGGAGCCACCUGGGGUGGCAGGGAGAGACCUCCUGCACCUGGACCAGGCAGACCUCACUUGCAACACACCUGCAGAAGGGGCGGGGCCUCACCAGGAAGUGACUGUGCACCCGGGGGCAGAGAUUCUACUGCCAUGUUGGGUCUCAGAUCAGGAUUUGAGUCGGGCAUUUUGGUGGACGCCCGACGGCUCUGUCAGACAGGCCAGUGCCCAGCACCGCGGGGGCCUGCUGAUCCAGGGUAUCGGAGAGCAGGACCAGGGUCUGUACGUGUGCGUCUCGGGUCCGAAUCAGGAGCCGACCAGCAUGUUCACCGUGCACGUGCGGGCCCGUGCACGUGGGGGGGCGGGGCCUGCUCUGAGGGGCGGGGACAGGACUCACUCUGAUCUCGCUCUGGCCGUCUGUCUGUCAGUCUUCCUCACCUUCAUCGCAGCCUUCGUCCUGGGCGCUCUGACACGCCCCCUCCUGGACAUCCUGUGGGGGAAGAUAUGUGCCUGGAGACGCCCCACCGACACGCCCACAGCCACGCCCUCUGACAACCGAGGCUUCUCAGAGGAGGAGGAGUCUGAGCAGGAGGGCGAGGUGGGGAGGGAGGGGCUUGGGGAGACCAGCAUGCCGUAUUACAUCACCAUUCUCCCCGAAUCAGGUGCGUCACAAACCCGAUUGGGCAGCAGGGACUCUGCCACAGAGAAGGAAGGCCACUCUGGGGCCGUUUACGAGAACAUACCCUCCACAAGGGGCCCCGCCCCACAGCCGGUCCAGAGGCGAGGACCGCCACGCCCCCAGGGGGAGGGGCUAAGCCCCUGGGGGGGAGGAGCUCAUGAUGGCAGCACUGGUGGGGACCAAUCAAAUUCUUCCUCAGAGGAACAGCCCUCCCACUUUAGCCGCACUGUGGAGUUCGAACCCAUCCCAGACCCCCAGGACCUGGGAAUAGAGCAAUACAGCACCCCCGGAUCUGAACAGUCCAACAGUGACCUUGGCCCUGACCUUGAACCUGACUGUGACCCUGACCGUGACCUUGGCCCUACCUUUGGCCAUGACUAUGCCCUCUCCUCUGCUGAUCCAUGCCCCAUCUCUAGAGAGGAGUUUGUGGCAGGCUGGUCCAAUGAUACCAGGCCCCCUGGGGAGGACCCAUUCUCAGCCCCCAACUGGACAGAUUCCCCCUGGGAGCCACGCCCCUAUUCUGUACAGGCCCCACCCACAGACAGCUUCCCGCCAGACUUGGACCCGGAGUUGUGGAAUGACAGUGGAGAGAGCUUUGAGUUCACUGACUCGCUGCCUGAAACCGCCACCAGGGGGAGCUUCAGCCUGAAGGAGGAGCCCUGGUCCCCCUUCGACCAAUCAGCAGCAGGACAGCAUGACUCCCAUGAUCCUACUCUGCUGUGGGAGGGGCAGGAAAAGGACCUCCCACCAGGACUCAACUCCAGCAAAGAGAGCAAGGAACCCCCAGAAUCCCUGCUGCACCCCGAAUACACAGCACUGCACCCUGAAAACUCAGCACUGCACCCCGAAAACUCAGCACUGCACCCUGACAGAGCAUGGCUGGACCCCGAGAACCCGGAGUCUGGAGAGCUGGCGGACGCCCCCCAGCUUACAGGAGGCGGGACAGCAGAUGCACCAUGGGUAAUCCAUGAGGCGAGCCAAGCGGAUGUGAACAUGGGACCUUACGUGGGCGAAGACGCAGAUGAGACCAGGUUUGAGUCCCCAGGGGCGUGGCCCCUUGUGACAGAGGACACAGAGGGGUGUGGCCUCAGCCCAGAGGUACCAGAACUCGACCCGGAGCCAUGGCCCAGUUUGGGGUUGGCUCAGGACCCUGCUGGCCAGGACGAGAGGUUUGGGGGAACUGACCUGCUCCCCCCCCAGCAUCCCACCCCUGCUGACCUGCCCUAUCCCAUAAAACCCAGGCGAAGCUUCAACUGGCACACGAUGCCCCCGCCCCCACCCCCACCCCCACCCCCACCCCAGCAAGAGGACACGCCCACUCCCCCACACCCACCCCCACCCCAGCAAGAGGACACGCCCACUCCCCCACACCCACCCCAGCAAGAGCAAGAGGAAACACCCACUGCCCCAGACCCCCCCAGCAAGAGGACACGCCCACUCACCAGACCCCCCCAGCAAGAGGAAACGCCAACUGCCCCAGACCGCUCCCAGCAAGAGGACACACCCACUGCCCCAGACCCCCCCCAGGGGGAUUGGCCUAUGCCAGUGGAGGGUCAGCUGAGCGCUCCCUCACAGGGGAACCUGAAGCAGGACUGGAGGAGAGGCGGGCUGUUCUUCCAGAAGAAGAGAGCGAUGGACGCAUUCGCCCCUCCCUCACAGGCCCCGCCCCUGCCAGGCUCCACCCACCUCCCAUUCGGCAGCGUCACCGUGCAAACAGUCACCAUGGCAGCAGGUCACAGCCCGUCAGGACGGUUUCCUCUCAGAGAGGCUGAAGAGGGGACUGAGGGAGGGGGCGAGGAAGGUCAUGUGACCUCUGACCCAACUUCCUGCUUCCUGUUUGGGUCCUGCCAGGAUAAGGGCAGCGAAGCCUGA